AUGGCAGCCCUGUGGUUUCAGGUAGCUGCCUUAGCGGCCUUGGCUGUGUCUGUGUCAUUGGCGAGGAACAUUUCUCCGAGUCCAGGUCACCAAGACGCGGUUCAGUCGCUUCCUGCGUGCACGGAGUUGAAUACCAGGAAGUCGUGGAACGCGUUGACAAAUCUGGAGAAGCUGGAGUAUCUGCGGGCCGAACGAUGCCUGAUGCACCACCCACCGCUGCUUGGGACGGUCGAGGACGCGCAGACACUCUGGGACGAGCUGCACCACAUUCACAUCUGGCAGGGCAACUACAUCCAUUUUGUUGGGCAUUUCCUGCCGUGGCAUCGCUACCUCGUGCGCACCCACGAGGUGCUGCUGCAGACGCUGUGCGGGUACAACGGGGCGCAACCAUACUGGGACGAGCUUGCAGAUUAUGAGUCAGCUCCACUACACGAAGCGGCGAUCUUUGACCCGGUGUUUGGCUUUGGCGGAAACGGGAUUGGUGAUGACGCUAGUGUUCGAGACGGUCCUUUCCGCGAUACCACCCUGCACAUCCGGGCUCACUCGGCCAACACCGACUACUGCCUGAGUCGCAACUUCAGCCAGGAGAACUUCGCCUGGGCUCGCCGGAGCAACAUCGAGGACUGCUUUGCAGAGGCCAAAUACGAGGAGGCCUGGGCAUGCUACAACACGUAUCCGCACUCGGCGGGGCACGCAGCGGUCGGGGGCGUGAUGUUCGACCCGACCGAGAGCAAUGGCGACCCGAUCUUCUACCUUCACCACGCAUACCUGGACCGGCUCUGGUGGCAGUGGCAGCUGGCGGACCAGCCGGGCAGGUAUUCUGACAUUGGGGGCGUAAAUGUGCCGCCGCAGGAGACGCUGGACACGGUUGGCUUGUCGCCACCGAGUGCAACGCUGGUGGAUUAUAGCGGUGACCCGGGCAAUCAGACCACCCUGGCGCAUGUCCUGUGGGUGAGCGGCAUCCUGCCGAACGUGACGGUUGGGGAGGUGAUGGAGCUUGCAGGGGAUGUCAUUUGCGCGAUAUACGAGUGA